AUGAGUUCCCGAGAACUAGCAACGUUUAUUCCAGGAUAUUCUAACGGAGACUUAUCCGAAAGCUCCUUUGGUGACAAGAUAAUUGUCAGGGAUCAAAGUAAUGUCUGUGAUGAGAACAUGGAUAUAGAGGAUGUAUGGAGUGCAGAUAUAUUGCCCCAUUCAUGGUAUCAAGAACGAAUUCUUGGCAAUUAUAAAGAAGGAAAAAGGUAUGCAGACAAGAUGAUAAAGGCUGAAGCUAAAGACAUAUAUAGGAUAUCUCCUGGGAAACUCUCGAAGGCUUUGACUUCCAUCGAUUUAUCAAUUCUCCGAAGAAUCACACCUAAUGAAUUGGUUGAUUACGAUGGAACUGGAGACAUCAAAUGUAGAAAUAUAAGACAUAUGAGAUCGAAGAACGCAGGUCUGACAAACUUCGUCUCUCACGAAUUACUGAAAGAAGGAAAUUACAAAUACUUCUUCCGGGUCUUGAAACAUCUGAAAAAGAUAGGAAAUUACAACUCGUUUUACUGUGUUGUGAGAGCAUUUCAAAUGCAGAAGCUGGAUACAAAAAGAUUGGAUACUUUGUCUAGGCAUAUCGAGAAAAGCGCAAGUUAUUUUGAUAUGAGACAAGUCCUGGAUGACCUGACCACAACUGAUAUGUUUCUUAUAUGUCCCAUGGAUGUCUAUAUAAGAGAUGUAGAGGAAUCCAACAGAACCAAAAACAAUGAGGUGGCGUCGAUGAGGUUCUGUAGACUCGUGGAAAUACUGAUAAAGCUACAGGGUCAAGCCUCCAAUGUUCGAAUCUCGUACGCAAAUGAACACUUCCUACUUAGUAAGUUUUGGUAUCAUCUUCAAAAGGAGAUGGCUUCUGAUAGAGAGUUUGGCAUAAAAAGAUACGAAGGGCAAUUUUUACUUAUAUGA